CCCCUUGAGCUGGAGGAGAAGAAGCGCGCGCCUCCGCGGCUGAGGAUGAUGACGUCGAGUUCAACUAAACCACAUUUAAAAAACAAAACAACCGUGGGAAAACGUAGAGACGAAACUAAUUUUAUUCACCAACAUUAAUUCAUUCGCGUAGCGGCUGAGAGUGAGCAGCAGAAUCUCUCUUGGCAGCUGAUGCUGAUUUAGAGGGCGUUUUUUAGAGUGAGUGAGUGAACGAGCGAGAGAGAGAGAGAGGGGGGGCGGGUGUCUCUCUCCCUCGCGCAGGCUCACACACACACACUCACAUGUAAUCAACACACGGACGGUUUACUUCCACAUUUACCGCUUAUUUUCGGGAUUUUCUGGAUAAACAACACUGUAAUCGAUGCGAGGCCUUCAAACGGACACUCACCGCUGAUUCCACGGCCGCGUUUCUUCAGAUUUCGUCGUUUUUCGCCCUCGGUGGAGCGUUCGUGCGUUCGUUGGAGUCGUUAUGAAUUCCAGCCCGCUUCCAAACGGCAGACUCCUACCGGACAGCCAGAGCUGGAACUCCUCCGGUUCCGACGAGGAUCUAGACGCCGAUCCGGGACCCGGACCGCACGGUGGGGUGGCGGAAUUCAGCGGGGUGCUCAGCAAGUGGACUAACUACAUUCAUGGAUGGCAGGACCGCUGGGUCGUUCUAAAGAACAACACGUUGAGUUACUACAAAUCCCAGGACGAGCGGGAGUAUGGCUGCCGUGGUUCCCUCUGCCUCAGCAAGGCUGUCAUCACAGUGAGUAUCCUGGGGAAAGAUCCCUUCAGACAGUCGUGGGAAUUUCAGAGCCGAGCCAAAAUUAGAAUGAUGGUGUGCAUUCAAAACGAAAGCUUGAACUGGUUCAUAAUUGUUACGCUGGGAAGUGUAGGACUGGAUUUGAAUGGAAGUUAG